UAAAACUUGUACGAAAAAAUAAACGUCAAGUUUGGCUUGUUUUAUCCAUAAAAUUUAAUGACUACUAACCAAAGUUCAAAUUAAUGAAAGUUUGUUUUUAUCGGAACAAUUCUAAUGAGUUCUUCAGCAGAUAACUCGACCUCCGUCGAGCUCAUAUGUUUAGACGACAGUAAGGAAGAAUGUCAAGAUGAAAAUGCAAGAGCUGAUAACCUCGUCGGCGUGGAUACAACCACUGUGGUUUUUGACGAAACUCUGCCUCCUGGAGUUCCACCGGAAGGUUUUGUGGUUUUAGACGAAACUAUCGAAUCAUCAAAGGAACACAUACAAGAAACCAAUAAUGAUAGCAAUCCUAUUUUUAAAGUUAUAUUCAGAGAUGAUGCAGCCUUUCAAAACUACAGCAGAAAAAUAGACCAUUUUUUGAAAGACUUAUUAUCGCACAAGCAUCGUAGAAAAGACAUAAAAUCUAAAAAAGGAGAUUUGACACUGGAAAUAUUUGACUCUUCAUCUAAACAUAAGCAUUUCUCAAAUAAAACUGACAGCAAAGAGAAGCAAUCAAACGAUUCUCUCUUUAUUAUAGACAAUGAACCAAAAAUUCAAGAUGAUCUUGAUAUUCCUAUGUAUAAACAGAAAUUUGAUAAAGUACUACAAAAAUCUAAUGAUGAGAAUAAUGGAGAAAGAGAAGAUUGUGGUCCAAAAAUGACAUGCUUCAAUUGCUUAGGAAAUCAUAGCUUACGAGAUUGUGAUCAACCUCGCAAUUAUGUAGCAAUAAACAAAAACAGGAAGGAACACAAUUUUAAAAGGGGAUCAGCAAGUACUAGAUAUCAUUUAGAUGAUGAUCAAAGGUUUGGGCAUUUUGUACCUGGUCAAAUAACACCACAGUUACGUGAAGCUCUUGGUUUGAGAAAUGAUGAACUUCCAAGACAUAUCUACAGAAUGCGAGUACUGGGCUACCCUCCUGGUUGGUUGGAAGAAGCAAGACUGCAACAUUCUGGCUUAUCUUUAAUUGAUCAAAAUGGUAAGAUUGAUAGAGGAUCUGAUGAAGAAGGUGAAAUUGUUCUACCUGGAGAUAAAGAUCAAUAUGAUAUUAAAAAGAUUGUUGAUUUUCCUGGUUUUAAUGUUCUACCUGAGGAAGGAAUACUGGAUGAAUAUGCAGAAUAUUGGGGUACACCAAAUCAAGAGUACCAUAGUAAAACAGCUAUGGUAUCUUUCUUUAGUAAAAGAAAGGUUGAUGAUGGGUACAAAAGAAAGAAAAUGCCAAAUCCUGCUAAUAUGAGAGCAAGCACUGAUUUGAAUCCAGGGGAAAUGGAAGUUGAUGAAGUUGAAGAUACUCCAGUUGAAUGUCUGCCUGUGAAUGAUUUGUUUAUUCCUCCUUUACCAAAAGACGAGGCAUUACAGUUUACUCCUCCACCACCACCUCCGCCCCUAGAAGAUUCUCAAUCACAAGAGAACACUCCAGAUAAAUCUACAGAUGAAGAUACUACGCGUAAUGAUACAUUAUCAUUAUUCGAUUUAGAAUUCAAGAAAAGGCAACUACUUGCUGAAUUAAAUGACUCCAAUUCAACUUUAUCAAAAGGUAUAGAAAACUCAAAAAGUGAAGAUACAGUUGAAGAAAAUUCAUCGAUAAUUGAGACGCCAACGUCAGACAUUUCAAACAUAAACGAUUCUCAAUCGGAAACUGAAGAUGUACAUAUUCCAAAAGACAAUUUAAAUACGCCAUUAAAUACACCGAUUACAACGGUACAAUUAGGUACUCCAAUACUUUACAGUGCUUCGCCCUUUAAAAGAUUGCCAUCUUCUGAAAAGUUCUCUAAAGACAUUUGUGACGUGAUUAACUUUGAAAACCUGCCAGACUCUACCGGUAAAUAUGAUCAAAUGUCAGAAUUGUUACAAAAAGUUCGAACUAGAGUAUCAGAGCUAAACAAAGAGUAGCAAUAAGUCUAUUAUUUGCAAAGCUAGUUUGAGACAAAAAUAAAUUAAUUUAGGCAUUCACUGUAAGAUAAAUUUUUAAUUAAAUUUUGUUUUUACGUGUCAUUAUUAUAGCAUAAAAAGUAACAUUAGUUUUACAAAAUGAGUAAAACUAUUGGAGAUUUGGAUCUUCCGAAUGAAGCUCAUUUAUAUAAUAAGUAGUUUUGACAUAAGCAUGUGUAAAAAAUUGACAAACAAUCUGUAAA